CUUCAUCUCUUUAUAUUAAAAAGUACUCUGAUCUAGUCCUUCAGACUCUCACUGGAAAUAUUCAACACUCCGAGAUUUAGCUAAAGAACAGCUGACAAAAAUGGAAGAGCCAAGCAGCCAAAACGAAAUGGUUGCUCCGACGUCGUACAGAGGUGUUCGAAAACGAAAGUGGGGCAAAUGGGUGUCUGAAAUCCGUGAGCCGGGGAAGAAAACCCGAAUAUGGUUAGGAAGCUACGAGGCACCAGAAAUGGCGGCCGCGGCCUAUGAUGUGGCAGCAUUGCACCUCAGAGGACGUGGGACUCCCCUCAACUUUCCUGAAUUAGUCGAUAGUUUUCCUCGGCCGGCGAGCUCUUGUCCCGAGGACGUGCAAUCUGCGGCUCAAGAGGCGGCCUUGCGUAUUCGAAGGCAGGCAAAGGUGCCGGUGGAAGUGGGAAGCUCGGGGGGUAAUGCGGUGCCGGCUAGGGUGGGGCUCUCGGCGAGCCAAAUUCAGGCCAUAAACGAGUCGCCUUUGGAUUCACCGAAGAUGUGGACGGAGUUGGCGGGAGCUCUUUUGUUGGAGGAGAAUAAGAUGGUAUUGUAUGAUAAUGAUAUUGUUGAGUUGAGUGAGUGGGAAGAGAUACAAUACGAGUCUCUUUGGGAUUCCUAGCCCUAUCAUGUACACAGUGAAUAUAGAGACAAACAAAUUAUCUCA